AUGCCCCAUGAGGAGACCUCCGCGGCGGUGGCUGGCAUCCUUUCGACCCUCGCCAAACAAUACACCCCGCUGGAACACACCUCUUUCCCAGGCCAUGCAGCCAGCAAUGGCAUCAAGGUCCCUCGGAUCUCGCUGCCCGGCGACGACACGGUGGAGAAGCAGACGUUGGAGCGCGAGCUGACAGCACUCGCUUCUCGCAUCCAAUCCCUUGAAUCGAGAGCCGCCAGUGGUACUGCCUCGUUACCUAUGACACCGAACGAGCCUUUGUCAACACCCUUUCCACACGCAGAGAUACAGCAGUCGCCCAGAUCGGCGGGCCCGACUCCUCGCCAGCGGUCCGCGUCCUGGGUUAACACCCUCUUGGCGAAGUCAGACGGCGAGGCGCAACCCCGGCAGCUCACCGAGGAGCAAUUCUCGUUCCUGCGAGAACACAUUGACCAGCAGGCGCAAGAGAUCAAGAGCCAGAAAGACUUUAUCGAGAGCAUCAAGUCUCAGUUAUCACAGCAACAGAAUGCGACAAAACAUGCAUUGGACACCCUUGGCAACUCUUCUUCGAUAGAACAGCUCAAGCGAGAGAUCGAGAAAAAUGCGCAGAUCAACGCCACGUAUCAGAAGGUGCUUAAGGACAUCGGCACGAUCAUCACGGCGGUCGCGAAUGGAGAUCUGAGCAAGAAGGUGUUGAUCCAUGCUACCGAGAAGGAUCCGGAAAUUGCGCGCUUUAAGCAGACGAUCAACCGGAUGAUAGAUCAGCUACAGCAAUUUGCAUCUCAGGUGACGUUCUUGGCGAAGGAGGUGGGCACGGAAGGGAGGCUCGGUGGCCAGGCCGUCGUACCUGGUGUAGACGGUAUCUGGGCCGAGUUGACUAACAAUGUCAACGUCAUGGCACAGAAUCUCACAGACCAAGUCCGAGAAAUCGCUGUCGUAACUACUGCAGUCGCACAUGGAGACCUCAGCCGCAAGAUUCAACGGCCUGCCCGAGGCGAGAUUCUGCAACUUCAGCAGACGAUUAAUAAGAUGGUUGAGCAGCUACGAACGUUUGCGACUGAAGUGACUCGAGUGGCUCGAGAUGUCGGAAUCGAGGGUAUUCUUGGAGGUCAGGCGCAGAUUGAGGGAGUCCAGGGCAUGUGGAAUGAUCUGACCAUGAAUGUGAACGCCAUGGCCAACAACCUGACCGCACAAGUGCGAGACAUCGCAGAGGUGACUACGGCCGUGGCGCGUGGUAAUCUCACGCACAAGGUCCGCGCGCACUGCAAGGGUGAGAUCCUGGAGCUCAAGAGCACAAUCAAUGGCAUGGUGGACCAACUGCGAGUGUUUGCGGACGAGGUUACGAAAAUCGCCAAAGAAGUCGGAACGGACGGCCAGCUUGGAGGUCAAGCUACUGUGCAUGGAGUUGAGGGUACCUGGAAGGACCUCACCAACAAUGUGAACGGCAUGGCCAUGAACCUCACAACGCAAGUGCGAGAAAUUGCAGAGGUCACCACGGCUGUAGCGAAAGGCGAUCUGAGCAAAAAGGUCGAGGCUGAGGUGUCUGGAGAGAUCUUGGCGCUGAAGGUCACGAUCAACACCAUGGUGGACCGACUUAGCACGUUCGCCUUUGAGGUCAGCAGGGUGGCCAGAGAGGUCGGCACGGAAGGCACUCUUGGUGGACAAGCUGAAGUUGCGAACGUCGAGGGCAAAUGGAAAGACCUCACGAGCAAUGUCAACAUUAUGGCACGGAAUUUGACGAACCAAGUGCGCAACAUAUCGAACGUUACGCAAGCAAUUGCUCGCGGCGACCUGAACCAGAUGAUCGAAGUGGAGGCGCAAGGAGAAAUAGCCACUCUCAAGAACACCAUCAACGACAUGGUGACGAGACUCGAUGCAUGGUCCAUGGCCGUGAAGCGGGUAGCACGAGACGUGGGUGUCGAUGGCAAGAUGGGUGGGCAAGCAGAGACCGAAGGCAUCGGAGGACGGUGGCGCGAGAUCACUACCGACGUCAACACCAUGGCAUCGAAUUUGACGACCCAAGUGCGGGCAUUUGGCGACAUUUCGAACGCUGCCAUGAACGGUGACUUCUCCAAAAUGAUUACCGUGGAGGCUUCUGGCGAGCUCAACGAGCUGAAGGUCAAGAUCAACAAGAUGAUCACGAGUCUGCGGGAGAGUAUACAGCGCAACAACCAGGCGAGAGAAGCUGCCGAGCUGGCGAACAAGACGAAGAGCGAGUUCUUGGCGAACAUGUCUCAUGAGAUCCGGACGCCGAUGAACGGCAUCAUUGGCAUGACGCAGCUUACUCUGGACACGGAGCUGGAACAGAAUCAGCGGGAUAUGUUAAACAUUGUGUUCUCACUGGCCAACAGCUUACUCACGAUCAUUGACGACAUUCUGGACAUCUCGAAGAUCGAAGCGAACCGCAUGAUUCUGGAAGAAGAGCCUUUCUCGUUACGAAGUCUAGUCUUCAAUAGUCUGAAGUCGCUGGCUGUGAGAGCGAACGAGAAGGAUAUUAGUCUUGUCUACGACAUCGACAGCUCGGUGCCGGACUACAUUGUUGGCGACUCGUUCCGGUUACGGCAGAUUAUCCUCAAUCUGGCUGGCAACGCGAUCAAGUUCACGGAACAUGGCGAGGUGCGGGUCAAGAUCUUUGCGGAGCCGAAUGUCCAUUGCUCGCCUGGAGAAGUGGUUGUCAAAUUCGCGGUAUCGGAUACUGGAAUUGGGAUCCACUCGAACAAGCUGGACGUUAUCUUUGAGACGUUCCAGCAGGCGGACGGCUCGACGACGAGGAAGUUCGGUGGGACUGGACUGGGCUUAUCGAUUUCGAAACGGCUGACCAAUCUCAUGCGCGGCAAGAUGUGGGUGGAAUCGGACUAUGGCCAGGGGAGCACGUUCUUCUUCACCUGUGUGGUCCGUGUGGGCAACCCGGACGUGGCGCGCAUCAUGCCGCAACUACAGCAGUACCGGAAGCACAAUGUCCUCUUCAUCGACAGCGGAGCGACAGGCGACGCAUCCGACAUCGCAGACAGCAUCCGCCAACUCGACCUCGUCCCUUUCGUGGUCGGCAGAAGCGGCGCGGCCUCCCCAGCCGAAGUCAGAUCUGUGGACGUCUACGACUGCAUCAUUGUCGACCACGGCGACACGGCGCAAAAGCUCCGCAGCAUGGAACGCUUCAAAUUCAUCCCCAUCGUCCUCAUCGCACCGAAAAUAUCCGUCAGUUUCAAGACUGCGCUCGAAAACGGCAUCUCUUCCUACAUGACGACCCCCUGCCUCCCCAUCGACCUCGGAAAUGCCCUCAUUCCCGCCCUCGAAGGCCGCGCCGCACCCAGCUCCGCCGACCACUCCCGCUCCUUCGACAUCCUGCUGGCCGAAGACAACGCCGUGAACCAGAAACUCGCCGUCAAGAUCCUCAUGAAGCACAACCACAAAGUCACCGUCGCCAAUAACGGUUUGGAAGCACUCGAGUCGAUCAAGAAGAAACUCUUCGACGUCGUGUUGAUGGACGUGCAGAUGCCGGUCAUGGGCGGCUUCGAAGCGACGGCGAAGAUCCGCGAGUACGAACAAACGCACGAACUCGCCCGCACACCCAUCAUCGCUCUCACGGCGCAUGCCAUGCUGGGCGAUCGGGAGAAGUGCAUCCAAGCCCAGAUGGACGAGUAUUUGAGCAAACCACUCAAACCUAACCAAUUGAUCCAGACGAUCCUGAAAUGCGCCACGCUCGGCGGGGCUUUGCUAGAAAGGAAGUCUGAUGGGAGAGGGUAUUUGUACGAUGAAGGCACGGGGGCGGACGGGAGUCAGGAGCAAGAGCGGCUGGGGACGCCGAAGCGGCCGGGCAUGAAUGAGAGGGGCUGGACGGAGGCGGGGCCGGCGGGGAUGGAGAGUCCGGCGUUUUUGUCGGGGGAUAUGGAGGAUCCGUUUCAGCAGAGGGAGGCUCUCAUGCGGGCGAACAGCAGUUGA